AUGGGGUGGCUGGCUGCCGCAGAAGGGAAGGGAAGAGGGAGCUCGACCGCGACCGGGCCACUGCGGGCACGCGGAGGCGGGAGCGGGAGCACGCACGGGCGGCCAAUCAGGGACGGAGAAGAUCGGACGGGGGCGCAAAUGCAACACCAUGCUGGAUCACGGAAGCGAGAGCGACCCUUGAGCUCCUUGAUUGAAGAUGACUCUUCAAAGAUCAAAAGAUCAUGGAGGCAUCAUGGCCGGGCUCCUCCAGAGUCAGUCAGAGUCAAUAGGGAUACUCCCCAGUGGACUAGACAGGGCCAUAGGCAGGGCCAUAGGCAGGGCCAUAGGCAGGGCCAUAGACAGCAGACGGCAUUCUCCAAUCCCACUGGAUCUUUAAAUGAUGAGGAUGGUUCUUCUUCAUUAUUAUUCCAGCCCUACUCCGAGUCAUUCUAUAGUGAAGAUGACCACGCCCCAGAACAGCCAUUACCCCUCAAGGAUAAAGAUCACCAUAUCUCUAUGCAGUCAGCAUCAUCAUCAUCAUCAUCAGAACCCUCACAUUCAUUGGAUUUGCCGUCUCAUCAGCAGAGUGUUGACCCGCUCUUAUCCUCAGAGCAGCUGCACUCAUCACCAGCACCUCCACCAUCUCUUCCCCCCAGGGCAACCCAGCUGCGGAGGCCAGCCACCACUCGCCGUGAUGGUAGCCCACUGCCGCCCCGACGCAUGUGGUCUGAGGAGGAGGAGAGACGUCUUCUCCAGCUAUUUGUCGAGUAUGGGCCAAAAUGGAGGAUCCUGCAGCUGAUGGAUAAGGAACAUUCAGAUGGUGCAGUUCUACAGGACCGUAGUAAUGUUGAUCUGAAGGACAAGAUCCGAAACAUGAAGGUGCGCUAUGAAAAAGCAAAUAAGAUCCUGCCACCAAAUUUCGAAAAGAUCCAUCUAGGUCCCAAGGAGAAGAGGGUAGUGGAGACAUACACAGCCAUUAUAAAGCAACUAAAACGCUGA